AUGAUGUAUCACAACUUAAUCCACAAUUAUUUUUACAAUUACCAUAUUGUCUUCGAAUUUUACUUGAAUCAACUCAGUGAAUUACCUUUUUUACCUAGUCAAGUGAUUAUGCAUGAUUUUUCUGGUUUACCAGCGAUAAUUGAUUUAGCAGCAAUGCGUGAUGCAGCUGUUCGUUUAGGUGUUGAUCCACAUCUGAUUCAACCAAAAAUAUCAACAACACUUUUACUUGAUUAUUAUAAUAUUGAAGCAGAUGUUGCAAGAAAAAUUGUAAGAAAGACAACAGAUACAAAUAAUAUAACAAAUUUAGAAUGUGGUUAUGAAUUAUGUCCAUUUCAUCAAGAAAAAACAAUUUGUGCUAAUGCUAUUGAAAGAAAUCAACAAUUAGAAUUUGAACGUAAUAUUGAAAAAUUACAAAUUAUGAAGUGGAGUGCAAGAGCAUUUAAUCGUUUAUCAAUAGUUCCACCAGGAAUCAGUGUAUGUCAACAAAUCAAUCUUGAAUAUAUAUCAAAAUUAAUUAUCUUAGAAAAAGAUAAUGAUGAACAAAUAACAUUUGUUUAUCCUGAUACAAUCAUUGGUACCGAUACACAUACAACACUUUCUAAUGGGUUUGGUGUAUUGAGUUAUAAUCUAGGUACAAUCGAAGCUGAAGCAGCAAUGUUCGGACAACCGAUUCAUAUACGUCUUGCAUCAGUUAUUAUUGGUUGUCGUCUUAUUGGACAACCACAUUUUAUGUCAACAUCCACUGAUCUUAUAUCAGCUUUGAUGAAAUAUCUUCGUGUGGUUGGUCUUGAUAAUAAAUAUAUUGAAUUUUUUGGUUCCAGUUUAAAUUAUUUAACUAUUGCUGAUCGUUCUUCAAUAGCACAUUUAUGUGUUGAACAAGGCGCUUUACUUGCCUAUUUUCCAUUGGAUGAUUUAUGUUUAAAACACUUUUCUCGUACUGGUCGAGAUACAUCAUUUAUUGAUAAAAUGCGUAAUUAUUUAAUUGCUGCUAAAUUAUUUAGUGAUGAUGUUCAACAUCAAAAUAUUGUUUAUACAAAUGUUUAUGAAUUUGAUUUAUGUACUGUUAUACCAAAUUGUAGUGGACCAAAACGUGCACAAGAUAAAGUAUCUUUAUGUUCGAUGAAAUCGGAUUUUCAAGAAUGUCUCACAGCACCACCAGGAUUCAAAGGUUACAACCUACCAACAGAUCAACUUGAUUGUUCUAUUCCAAUAUCUUCUAAUGAAAUAGUGAAACAUGGUUCAGUGACUCUUGCUGCUAUAACAAGUAGUACUAAUGGAAUCAGCCAUGCCACAUCAUUAUUAACCACAGGUCUUCUAGCAAAGAAUGCACUUGAUUAUGGUCUUCGAGUACCAAGUUUUACUCAAACAUAUCUAUCACCUGGUAGUGGUGUUGUUACUACAUAUUUACGUGAAAGUGGAAUAUUAAAAUCUUUAGAGAGAUUAGGUUUUCAUAUUACCGGUUAUGGUUGUAAAGAAUGUAUUCAAAAUGAAGAAAUGAAUGGAUUAAAAUCUGAUAUAAAACAAAUUGUAAAUGAAAAUAAUUUAAUAACUAUUGGUAUGAUUAGUGGUACACGUCAAACACAACAACGACAUUCAUUUAUUAAAGCAAAUUAUAUAACAUCACCAGCAUUAGUACUUGCUUAUGCGUUAGCUGGAAAUGUUCUUAUUGAUUUAGAACAAGAAACAAUUGGUUUUGAUAAUAAAAAAAUUUCAAUAAAAGAUAUUUGGCCUAGUCGACAAAUAAUUGAAGAAAUAGAAGAUGAAAUAAUAAUUAAAAAAAUUUUUCAUCAAAUUAAUGAAAAAAUUCAAAUUGGUAAUCCACAAUGGAAUUCAUUAAAAAUACCUUCAAUUAAUACAUAUCCACAAUAUCCAUGGGCAGAAUAUUCAACUUAUAUAACACGACCACCAUUUUUUGAUACAAUAACUAAACAAAACCCGGUAUCGAAAACUAUAUGUAUUGAAAAUGCUCGUGUACUUCUCUAUUUGGGUGAUGAUGUUUCAACAGAUCAUAUAUCACCAGCAGGUUCGAUAUCUCGAACAUGCCCAGCUGCAAAAUAUUUAACACAAAAAGGAAUUACUCCACGUGAUUAUAAUUCAUUUGGUUCUCGUCGUGGUAAUGACGCAGUAAUGGUUCGUGGUACAUAUAAUCAUGUUCGUUUAAAUAAUAAACUUGUUUCCAAACGUAUAUCAUCCCUUCUUCCAUCAUCGUCAUCAUCACCAUCACCAGCUACAACAACGCUUUAUUUACCAACAAAUACAGAAAUGGAUAUUUUUGAUGUAUCCGAACAUUAUCGUACAACAAAAACUCCACUUAUUGUUCUUGCUGGAAAAAAUUAUGGCUGUGGACCAACAAGAGAUUGGGUUGCUAAAGGACCUUGGAUGCUUGGUAUUCGAGCUAUACUUGCUGAGAGUUUUGAACCACAACAUCGUUCAAAUUUAAUUGGUAUGAGUAUAUUACCAUUACAAUUUAAAGAUGGUGAUACAUGUACAUCAUUAAAUUUAACUGGAAAAGAAAUUUAUUCAAUUGAAUAUAAUAUAUAUGAUAAUGAAAAAUUAGCUUUUAUUAAGCUUGAUAAUGGUAAAACAUUUUCAAUGAUUGCUCGUGUUGAUACAGAAAUUGAACGUCUUUAUAUGCUUCAUGGUGGUCUUCUUCCUUAUGUACUUCGACAAGCAUUAACAUAA